GCCCCUUUCUGCUUAUGGAACCUUGGGUAAGUCACUUAAGGUCCUCCAGCCUUGGUUUCCUCCUCUCCAAAAUGAGGAGGGUACCACCCUCAGAGUACUUGCAACAGCGAUCUUGGUCUUCUCCUGGAGUUACUGCAAAGUCCUUAGCACAAGGCUGGUGCAGUUCAUACUUGGCAAAGGGUAGAUACUACUGUGGCCCCAAGUAGGCAUCUAGGGAAUGGGGUUGAGGGAUAAUAAGGAGGUAGAGCUGGCUGGUUUUGGCCAUUGGCUGGACAUAGCCUCUGGUCCUGAAUGGCUCACCUAGGCUCAUUCCUGGGGUGAUGGAAGAGUGAGCAAGGUACGGGCAGCCAGCUAGCUCCUUCGGUCUGGGGCCCACCCCCUCUUCUGGGCUUCCCUUCCCAGAAGCACACUGUCAGGGUGUGUGUGUGUGUGUGUGUGUACGUACACACCCAUGUGCAGGUUUAGGGAAGGGAGGUCUGGCGAAAACAAAUGCCAUCCUUUGGCCCUGUGGCUCUGGGAGUUCAGCUUUGUGCUAACUUCAUUCCGAUGAAAUAAAGGAUGUGGACUAGAGAGACUGGCCAUCCCUUGAAUGAGGAGUCAAGGUCAUAUCCUGGCUCAGUCACAGAUUAUUCAGGAGCCCUGAGCACCGCUGUUGCCCGGACUCUGUGCCCCCACCUAUAAAUAUGGUUGCACAGAUGGUGCCAUUCUUUCCAGAGCUGAGUUCUGACAUGUUUCAACCAUCAAAGCUCAUCAGUGCCUUGUCCUGGAUGGAGGGAGACCCUUAGUGUGGGUCCCCUUUUCUCCCCAACUUUGGAUGACAUUCUAUGGCCCUUUGCAUGACCCCACCCAUUCCCAGUAGCCCUCCUCCUUUAGGUGUCAUCCACCCAUCGGCUGGGGAGUGCUCUGUGGGCAGCGUGAACCCAUGGUGGACCUCCUAACACCUCUCCCUUGUCUCUUUCAUCUCCAGUCUCCACCAGCAGAGUGGGAAUAAACUUUCCCAGCUAAGUUAGAUGGAUGGUCCCCAUUAGCCCAGCGUGCCUUCCCCACCAACUUCCACUGAUAAGGAGGUGCUGCUGUGUAUAAGGGGAGGCUGGGGGCCAGAGCACUUGGGUGGGAGUUGGGGGUGCCCUGCCCCUGGAGCAGGAAUGGUUCCCCCAGGGAAGAAACCCGCCGGAGAGGCCUCCAACUCCAACAAGAAGUGCAAGCGUUACUUCAACGAGCACUGGAAAGAGGAGUUUCCCUGGCUGGACUUCGACUACGAGCGGAAGCUGAUGUUUUGCCUCGAGUGCCGCCAAGCCCUAGUGCGGAACAAGCACGGCAAAGCCGAGAACGCCUUCACUGUGGGCACAGACAACUUCCAGCGCCACGCCCUGCUGCGCCACGUGACCUCGGGGGCCCACCGCCAGGCUCUGGCCUUCAACCGGGGCCAGCCCACUUUGGAGGGCCAAGCCGAGGGAGGAGGGGCCUACCUGGACCUGGAGACCCCCCCCACCUCCAGGGGCAUCAAGGCAGAGGUGGACCCAGCCAAAGUGGCCAUGCUGACCACGGUGUACUGCAUGGCUAAGGAGGACGUGCCCGAUGACCGCUGCUCUGCCCUGCUCGAGCUGCAGAGGUUCAACCUGUGCCAGGCCCUGCUGGGCACAGAGCACAGCGACUGCUACAGCCCCAGGAGGGUGAGGGACAUGCAGGUGGCCAUUGCCAGUGUCUUGCACACAGAGGCCUGCCAGCGCCUGAAGGCAUCCCCGUAUGUGGGGCUGGUGUUGGAUGAGACCAGGGACUGGCCUGAGUCCCACAGUCUGGCCUUGUUUGCCACUUCAGUGUCCCCCUGUGAUGGCCAGCCGGCUACCACCUUCCUGGGCAGUGUGGAACUACAGGAGGGUGAGGCCACUGCUGGCCAACUCCUGGACAUCCUGCAGGCCUUCGGCGUGUCUGCACCCAAGCUGGCCUGGCUCAGCUCGAGCCUCCCCGGGGACCGCCUUGGGCAUGUGGGCCCACAACUCCGCGCUGCCUGCCCACUGCUCACGGAGCUACACUGCCUCCCUGGCCGGACAGAUCCCGAGCCCCCUGCCUACCUAAGUGAAUAUGAAAACGUGCUGGAUGCCCUAUUCCGCCUCCAUGGUGGCCCCAGUUCCCGCACGGUCCCCGAGCUCCGGGCGGCCCUGGACCUGGCAGAUAUUGACUUGGCAGGACCACGGCCAGUGCCCUGGGCGUCCUUGCUGCCUAUCGUGGAAGCAGUGGCUGAGGCUUGGCCUUGCCUGGUGCCCACCCUGGAGGCCUCUGCCCCCGCCUCCCCUACAACUAGGGCACUGGCCCUCGCGCUGCGCCAGUUCACCUUUGUGGCCUUCACCCAUCUGCUGCUGGACACUCUGCCCACCGUGCAGAAGCUCGCCCUUGUCCUGCAGCCAGAAGAGCCGGACUUGGCCUUGCUGCAGCCCCUGGUGAUGGCGGCUGCGGCCUCCCUCCAAGCACAGCGCAGCUCGGGUGGGGCGCGCCUCCAGGGCUUCCUGCAGGAGUUGGCUUCCUCGGGCCCCAACUUGGGCGGCGGGCGCUGCACCUACCGCGGCGUGGAGCUGGUCGGCUACUCCGAGGCUGCCGUGCGGGGCUUGGAACGGCUGCGGGGGGCCUUCCUGGACUCCAUGCGGAGGGGGCUGGGGGACUCCUAUCCCGGGCCCUCGCUGGACGCCGUGGCCGCCUUCGCAGCGAUCUUCGACCCGCGCGGCUACCCGGAGGCCCCCGAAGAGCUGGGCGCGCACGGCGAGGGAGCGCUGCGGGUACUGCUGCGCACCUUCGCUCCCGCCGUGGUGCGCCAGCGGGCGCUGGGAGAUUUCGCUCUCUUCAAGCGCGUGGUGUGCAGCCUGGGGCGGCUGGGCCCGCGGGCCCUGUGUGCCAAGCUGGCGUGCGCGCGCUCUGAGCUGCACGAGCUCUUCCCGGACUUCGCAGCCCUGGCCGCCCUGGCCUUGGCGCUGCCCGCGGGCGCCGGCCUCCUGGACAAGGUGGGCCGCAGCCGGGAGCUGCGGUGGUGGGGGCAGGGCGGGGCUGGGGAGGGCCGGGGCGGCCCCGCGGUGAAGAUCGCCGUGGAUGGGCCACCGCUGCACGAGUUUGACUUUGCGCUGGCCGUGGAGUUCUUGGAGAACCCUGCCCUUCUUCCUCCCGCAGCAGGCCCAGCCUCCAGUGCCCCCAGCCCCCUGCUGGCCUCCCUGCCCCUGCCUGCCAGGCCUCUGCAGCCCCCGCUGGACUUCAAGCACUUGCUCGCCUUCCACUUCAAUGGCGCUGCCCCGCUCAGUCUCACCCCCAACUUCAGCACGAUGGACCCGAUCCAGAAAGCUGUCAUCAGCCACACGUUUGGGGUCCCCUCCCCUCUGAAGAAGAAGCUCUUCAUUUCCUGUAACAUCUGUCACCUGAGGUUCAACUCAUCGAACCAAGCUGAAGCACAUUACAAAGGCCACAAACACGCCAGAAAACUCAAGGCUGUUGAAGUUGCCAAGAGCAAGCAGAGGCCACAAACCCUGGCCCGGGAUGGGGUGCUGGUGUCCCCAACCCCGACUCCAGCCAGUGGAUCCCCCGGAGAGCCGCAGAGCAAAGUUCCUGCGGCCCCUCCUCCUGGCCCCCAACUCCAGCCACCGCUGACUCCGGACCCCACACCCAGGGAGCUGGCCAACUCAGACCUCUUGGAUGCUGCCUCCUCUUCCUCUUCUCCCUCUUGCCUACCCUGCUCCCCAGAGCCUGGGAGAGAGGCACCAGGGCCUGAGCCAGCAGCAGCUGCUGUGGGAAGCGGUGUGAGUGGGGAGAGCAGGAUCGAGAAGGGGCGCCUCUAUUGCCCCACGUGCAAGGUGACUGUGAACUCUGCCUCCCAGCUUCAGGCUCAUAACACAGGAGCCAAGCACCGGUGGAUGGUGGAAGGUCAACGAGGUGCUCCCCGAAGGGGCCGAGGCCGCCCAGUGCCCCGGGGAGCUGGACACAAGGCCAAGAGAGUGGCAGGGGGUCAGGGGGUCCGACAGGGGCCCAGCCCCCCUUUUCACUGUGCUCUGUGUCAGCUCCAGGUCAAUUCAGAGACCCAACUCAAGCAGCACCUGAGCAGCAGGAGGCACAAAGACCGCCUGGCUGGGAAGCCCCCCAAGCCGUCCAGCCAGCACAGCAAGCUGCAGAAACGCGCGGCGCUGGCUGUGAGUAUCCUCAAGUCAAAACUGGCCUUGCAGAAGCAACUCACCAAGACGCUGGUGGCUCGCUUCCUGCCCAGCCCCAUCCCCGCUGCGGCCGCAGCCAUCUGUGCCCUGCCGGGGCCCCUGGCCCUCCGGCCUGCCUCCACAGCAGCUACCACCCUCUUCCCAGCUCCCAUCCUGGGCCCAGCUCUGUUUCGUACCCCAGCAGGAGCCGUCCGCCCUGCCACGGGGCCCAUCGUCUUCGCCCCCUACUAGGCUUCCUGGGGGAGCCAGGGCCCAUUUUCCAGCAAUUGCUGUCCCCUGCCUCCUCUUCCCGAGAUGCGUUUCCUCCAUCCCCCAGGAG